GAAUGAUUGUAUGUGUAAUGUGAUGAAAUUGUAGCAUGAUGCAAUGUUAGCUCAGCAUGGUGCAACUCUACUUGUUGGGACAAGAGAGACAGAGGGGGGCCCGGGGCCGCCGGGCAGGAAGUGCUGAGUCGGCAGUGGGGGAGCAAGGGUGGCUGAGGAGUUGUAGUGGAGAAGACGCGUGUCUGGGCUUGAGAGAGUGUUGAGCUGCUCCGCUCGCGAGCUGUGUGCUUCCGGUGUGCGUGUCUGCCGUGCCCCUGUACUGUGCCUGAUUAACUGUUCUGUGCCCUUGAAAGUUGCUGUACUCUGUACUGUGUGAGGAACCUGUCAUUAAACUAGAACUUAGUGUUUGAACGUGUAUCCUUUGUGCCCUGCCUCGUUCUCUCCUCCCCUCGGUGUGCGGUGUGGGCCGCUGUGAGUGACUGGUGCCCGUGUGGUUGUUCUGGUGAGGAUCACGCCACCUGCCUGCCCGUGUAUGGUGUGUGGUAGGGGGGGUGGCGUAACACUUGGUGUCAAAGGAGUGGGAUAAGUGAACAGUGAAGCGCGCCGAGUGUCAUGGCGUCCCCCAGUGAUCGCCGUGAGGGUGAGGAGACGGGCAAGGCCGAGGCUGACGUGGGUGAGGUGAAGCCGGGCCAGAUGGAAUUGUUCGCUGCCAUGCUGGCCAGUAUGAGGCAGGAUUUGGAUCAGAGGGCAGACGAGAGGGCACGCGAGCAGGCUCGGAGGGCAGAAGAGAGGGCAGACGAGAGGGCACGCGAGCAGGCUCAGAGGGCAGAAGAGAGGGCUCGCGAGCAGGCUCAGAGGGCAGAAGAGAGGGCAGACGAGCAGGCACGCCAUCUUGCCGAUGUCCUCCAGAGCUGUUUCUCGUCGCUGAAGGUGGAAACCCAGCAGUACACCGACCAGGGCUGCGACAGCGCGAGGAGUGAACGGCUGGAGGAGGUGCGGACCCCGGAAGGCGAGGUCCGAGGCCUGAGGGAGGCGGAGAGGCAGCUGCGAGAGGUGGCACCGUCGCACGCGGAGGAAGAAGGCUCAGUUCUGGCAGGAAGCGCCGGGGCGGCGGUCCUGCAGGGGCCUAUCUGGGGCUCCUGGCAAGGACUCCUGGAGCCUGGUAGCGUCGUGGCGGAACCAAUAGCUGCCGCAGGAGGUUGGGGAGCCCCCGCCUCGUUGCCUCCCUCACCCCCACCCUCUCCUCCAUGCCAGCCGGCUCGCAGGUCACGUAGUCCGCUCUCUCUCCCAUGGCAGCAGCGAGAGGUGGCAACGUGGUGCGGGGAGGAACAAGAAGCGUCACGUGUGCUGGCGGCGGGUGCACGGGUGGCGGACUGGCGGGGCUCCGCGUGGGGCCCCUGGCAAGGGCCCCUGAAGCCUGGUGGCGUCGUGGCGGAGCCGGUGGAGGCUGCAGGAGGCUGGGGAGCCGUCGGAGCCGCUCCUUUGGGUCCAGCUGGUGCUGGAGUCGGACCCAUUAACUCUGCCUCGUUGCCUCUCUCACCGCCUCCCUCUCCGCCAUGCCGGCCGGCUUGCAGCCCACGUGGUCCGCCCGCUCCCUUCUGCAGCUCCUCGGCCUCCCCGCGCUCAGGGAGGCUUAAGCCAGCGGGGCACGACGGGAAGUUGGCGUGGAAGGCCCAGUUCAAGAUGCCAGCUGCUGCCCAGGGCUGGGGCGAGGAUGAGAAGGCGCUGCUGCUGACGACAGCGCUACGGGGCUCAGUGGACGAGCCAGGCCGCUUGGUGGGGAGCGCUGAGAGGACCUUGGGGCGGCCUGACAUGCCGGCCGCUACACGACUCCAGGACGCUCCACAGAGGCUGUGUGGCGUCACGGGGCACUGCGUGCAGUCUGAGGGCCCAGUGGAGGCUCGUAUCGGCGUAGGCAGCGCUGUGGAGCGCCGGCCGAGGGACGUCGCCGAUCGAGACGAGCCGUGCGUGCUGGGCCUCGACUACCUGCCGCAGGACGAGGCCUGUGCCGACCUUGGACGGGAGCUGGAGAGGCUGCGCGGACAGGCGCCUUUGCUCCCGAAGGUCGGCUGUGCAGAGGUAGUCGCGGCGGAGCGACUGCACCUUGCCCCGGGGACGGAGGCCAGGGUCCUGUGUUGCCGGUCGGAUGCGAUGCCAGCGGAAGGCACGGUGGAGUCCACGGAGGGCCUGCAGCUGCCUGGUGGUGUGGCAGCCGGAGGGAGUCUCGAAGGAGCGGGGGAGGAGUCAGUCACGGUGCUGGUGGCUAACUCCUCCGACGAGGCUCGGAAAGUACCCGCUGGUGCCAAGCUGGGCACCUGUGAAGAGGUGGAACAACUAGAGGAGCCGUCGGGGAGCGCGGAGUCGGCCGCUGUGAGGCCGCUGCCCAACUUCCUGGAGGAUUCGGCGCACCGGAGCGCCGCUCACCUGACGGAGGCGCAGACGAAGGUGCGCCACACCCUGGCUCGGUACGCGGACGUGUUCAGCGGGGGUGGAUUGGAUCUGCCGGGCUGCACGGGGUUGGUGAAGCACAACAUCAGCACGGGAAAUGGUGCGCCCACCAGGAGCCCGCCCCGACAUGUCGUGCCGGCCAGGCGGGAGGAACUGCAGCGCGCCGUCAACGAGCUGGCGGCGCAGGGGGUGAUGGAGCGGACAGACAGUCCGUGGCCCUCAGCAGUCGUUCUGGGUAUGAAGAAGAACGGCACGCAGCACUUCUGUGCGGACUGUCGGGCGCUGAGGGACAAGACUGGCGAGGACUCUCACCCACUGCCGUGGACCGACGACGCGUUGACGAGGGCCUUGGAGUUCGAGGCCUUGACGAUGACCAGCGGCCUAGAAGCGGCCGCCCCGCCCUGCCAUGACCUCCGGGGCCGGAUGGCGAAGGUGAAGAUGAAGGCAGCGUCGAUAAAGGCGAGCCCGGAGGGCUUCCGUGGCUCGUGCGGGGGCUGUGGCAAGAGGGGGCAUAGGUGCAGUCGGUGCCUGGGGGAGCGAAGGACGCGUUCCCUUGACCGGCCAAGCCCCGAUGCCCACCAGCCUCGCUGCAAGGACUGUGGCCAGUCAGGCCACCGCUUGAGUGCCUGUCCCAGGCCCAGGGACGCGGCGCGGGCGGGAAGCGCGGACGGGCUGGAGAAGGGAGUCGACUUCCAGCCGUCUCCCGCCCUCGGCCCCGCCUGAGUAAGCUGCCGCCGCCCGACCAGCGUGUUGCCAGUGGGAGGCUUAGCGGUUGUAGCCACGACGCGUGACAGUGGACACCGGGGGCUGAGGAGUGCUCGGCGCGGCCUGACCCGGGGUAGUGUGUGCUGCUGGAAGGGCCAGUGGAGGCUCGUAUCGGCGUAGGCAGCGCUGUGGAGCGCCGGCCGAUGGACGUCGCCGAUCGAGACGAGCCGUGCUUGCUGGGCCUCGACUACCUGACGCAGGCCAGUAAGGCUCGUGGUGGCCUCGGACGGGAGC